UCAGCGGCUUGUAUUCGGAGUUUAGACGUGCAUCAUGGAUUGCCAAAACACUUUGUUUCCUUUGUUUCCUUUGUUGCCUCCCUACCGCGUGGACCAGAAGAAGAGGUGUGUGUACAGUUACUGUCAGUGUGUGCAGAGAUGGGGAGGACACGUAGAAAGAAAAAGCAGACUGUAGGAGCCACGCCCCCUUCUGAUGGUGCCCCACCUCCUAAGACCUUCAUUAUGGAGAGGGGAAGAGUUGGAAAUUCUCUCAAUCAACUUAUUCUUAAUCUCAGACAAGCUAUGGAACCCAACACUGCCACCAAGCUCAAGGUGAGGCAAAGAAAUGUACUCAAGGACUUUGUGACAGUGGCUGGACCACUUGGUGUCACACAUUUUAUGAUAAUAUCUCGAUCAGAUGAUUUCAUCAACUUACGAGUGUGUCGUAUUCCACACGGUCCAACACUUACCUUCCAUAUUAAAGCAUUUUCCCUCUGCAAGGAUGUUGUCAACAGUCAGAAAGAUCCAGUUUCAACUCAACUUAUUUACAUGACCCCUCCACUGCUGGUACAGAAUGGCUUCUCCUCUGAUGAUAAACCAUCUCAACUUAUCUCAACAGUGUUUCAGAAUCUCUUCCCUUCGUUGAGUGUGGGCUCUGUUAGAUUAGGAGACAUCAGACGUUGUCUAUUACUACAAUAUCACCCUGACAACAAGAGCCUCGAGCUAAGACACUAUGCUAUUCGUGUAAAGCCUCGUGGUCUCAGUCGUGGAGUAAGAAAACUGGUCAAAUCUCGAGUACCUGAUCUAAGCAAGUAUCACGAUAUCAGUGAAUAUGUACUGGGUGAUGGAGCAUCAGAUAGUGAGGGUGAAGAGGUGGGCGGUGGUGAUGUGACCCUCCCCCAGGACCUACCAGGACGUGGUAACAUCAGGACACAGCAAAGUGCAGUCAGACUAUCCGAGCUUGGUCCACGUCUGACACUGCAGCUGGUGAAAAUAGAGUCUGGACUGUGUGGAGGAGAAGUACUGUAUCACUCAUUCAUGCGCAAGUCCCAGUCCGCUGUACUUAGUCUACGUCAUGAGAAGGAAGACGCACGAAGACUCAAGGCCAUUAGGAAACAAGAGCAAGAACACAAUGUGGCCAGAAAGAAAGAGGAGAGAGCACAGCACAAAGAGAGGUGUCUAGCUGGCAUGAGCAAGGAGACAGGGGGCCCAUCUGUGGGGGGUGGGAGUGAUGAGGAUGAUGACGUAGAGUGGUACAGACAGGAAGUGGGGGAGGAACCAGACCCUGACACGUUUAUAACCAGUGAUGGAACUGGGAAAGGAAUUGCCUCCAAAUUGAAGCGAAGGAUGGGCAAGCGGCAGAAGACAGGCUCUCCCUCACCCAAACCAAAGAGAUCCAAAUAUCCCUCUCAAGAGUCUACCACAAGACAAGGAAAGAGACACACCAAGACUAGCAGUAGUCACAAGUCUGGUGGUGGGGUGGUCAGAUUUGCUGGCAAAACUAAAGGAACUGCUAAAACUGGUGGUAGAGUAUUUAGGAAGAAAUCAUCGGGACGUUUAUAGUGACUCUGUUAAUUUUGAUCUUUGCUGUAUCUGUAUUCUGAUUGGAUGAUUGUAAACUGCAGUCCCCUG